AUGGAAACAUUGUUGAAUGCAAGACAGGUAGCGAAAACCCGUACACCUGCACAGGACAGCAGGAGAAAUCGCCACAUCAACGCUGUUACUAUGCAGGACUCUGACGAAAGUGUGAAGGUCGAAUCUCCAGGCCAGUCUUUCUGUUAUGAGGUGUGCACUUUGACAACCAGCACGGCUUCCAAAUACAACUCCAAUCACAAGAAUUGGUUCAACAAAUCAGUAAUGUUGUUUUAUAUCCUCUUGGCUUUCCUUAGUUUGUCCCUUCAUGAAGUAACAGCAGAAGAGAGGUGCACCAACCGACCUGCCAUCCUGACAGUCCGCUACAAAAACUGCAUACCCAGGAUAGCCUUAGUUCCCGUCUGUUUGGGCGCCUGUAGAAGCUAUACCAUGACCGAUAUUGAAGCGCCGUCAAUCCUUCAGCGAUCCUGCACCUGUUGCAAGCCAAUAGAUUAUACUAACAGCAUUAUUACGGUCAGGUGCCCCAGACCUGCUGGUAAAAUUGGCUACAUAAACACUAUCAUUAGGGUCAAGCUUCCCAGAACAUGUAUGUGUCGGCCGUGUUCUCCUCUGCCAGAGAUUAUACCUUCUGAGUUUAUUGAAGAUUAA